CUUCUGAAACAGAGUUAGUUUCUGGUGGAUCUGAUAAACAACUCAUUCUUUGGGAAUGGAAUGGAUCAGGAACAUGGAAUAAUCAGCAUGUGAAAAGCAUUCCUCUCAAAGGCCAUACUGAAGCAGUUUGUGCUGUGGAUGCUGUCUACCAGCUGGAUGAACCUGAUUUAAAUCUGCUAAUAGCUUCUGCAGCUUCUGACUCUACUGUGAGGAUCUGGUCUCGACAUGGUUCAGAAGCUAAAUGCAUUGAAAUUCUGCAGUUUGGAAAUGGAUUUGUUAUGGAUGUCUGCUUAUCCUUCUUGCCUGGCAGCGAUGUACCAAUACUGGCUUGCGGUGGUGAUGACUGCAAAAUACAUUUGUUUAUACAGCAGAAAGGCCAGUUUCAGAAAACAUUAAUACUUCCUGGCCAUGAAGAUUGGAUAAGAGGUGUUGAAUGGGCAGUCUGUGGUCAAGAGCUUUUCCUAGCAAGCUGUGCUCAGGAUUGUUUAAUAAGAAUUUGGAAAGUGUGUACAAAAUCAAAGCAACUUCCAGAAACUGAAGAUGAUUCCAUAAGACUGAAAGAGAAUGUUUUUACUGUCCAAGAUACUGAUACAACAUAUGCUAUUACUUUGGAGUCUGUGUUGGCUGGUCAUGAAAACUGGGUGUACGCAGUUCACUGGCAACCUUCAUUUUCCAAAGAUGGCAGCAUGCAACAACCAAUGAGAAUAUUGUCUGCAUCAAUGGACAAAACCGUGAUCAUCUGGGAACCUGAUAAGGAAUCUGGAGUGUGGUUAGAACAGGUGCGGGUGGGUGAAGUGGGUGGCAAUACCCUUGGAUUUUUUGACUGCCAGUUUAGUCCAGAUGGUUCAAUGAUCGUUGCUCAUGCUUUUCAUGGAGCGCUACACCUUUGGAAACAAAUUGCAGUUAAUAAGAAAGAAUGGACUCCAGAAGUUGUGAUUUCAGGACAUUUUAAUAGUGUAGAGGAUGUAAAGUGGGAUCCAGAAGGAGAGUUUAUCAUCAGUGUUGGUUCUGAUCAAACUACUAGACUCUUUGCACCAUGGAAAAGAAAACAAGAGGCAGAG